GUGACCUUUGAGGACGUAGCUGUCUACUUCUCUGAAAAUGAAUGGACCAGCCUGGCCCCUGCCCAGAGGGCUCUGUACAAGGAUGUGAUGCUGGAAAAUUAUGGUGCUGUGGCUUCCUUGGGAGCAUUUCCAUUUCCCAAACCAGCUCUGAUUUCCCAGCUGGAACAAGGAGAAGAACCCUGGUGCUCAGCUCCUUGGGGAGCUCUGGAUGGAGAGGGCCUGUGGGACAUUUCCUCAGGAUAUCCAUUUCUAAAGCCUGCUGAGAUCUCCCAUCUUGAGCAGGUAGAAGAGCCACUGAACAUGAGACUGCAAGGAGAGGGUCCAAACCUAAUUUAUACUGAGGGUGUGUUGAAGAGUGAAAAAGAGGAUUUUGUUCUGAAGCAGGAAUUUUUUCAGGAGGCACAUGACCAUAUAGUGCUAUCAAGUGGACCCCAGUGGUAUGGCUCCCAGGAAUUCUGGUUUGGAAAAACCUGUGAAGAGGAGAAAAGACAGUUAGGAAGAUGGCCCAAUGAGGACAGCAUGGAGAGCACUACAAAUGAUAUUAUAGAAGUGAUUGUCAAGGAUGAGAUGAUCUCAGUAGAAGAGAGUUCAGACAGUACCAAUCUCAAUACCCACCUUACUAUACAUCAGAAAAUUCUAAGUGAGCAGCUAUUCUAUAUAUGUGAAGAUUGUGGCAAGUAUUUUUAUCAAAAUGAAGACUUUGAUCAACACCAAAGAACUCAUAAUAAAGAAAAAGUCUAUGGUUGUAAGGAAUGUGGGAAGGCUUUCCGUUUUAGAUCACAUUGCAUUUCACAUCAGAGAAUUCACACUAGGGUGAAACCCUAUGAAUGUCAAGAAUGUGCUAAAGCCUUUGUUUGGAAGUCAAACCUGAUUAGGCACCAGAGAAUACAUACUGGAGAGAAACCUUUUGAAUGUAAGGAAUGUGGGAAGGGCUUUAGUCAGAAUACAAGCCUUAUACAACAUCAGCGAAUCCACACUGGGGAGAAACCAUAUGUGUGUAAAGAAUGUGGAAAAAGCUUUACUCGGAACCCUGCCCUUCUUCGACAUCAGAGAAUUCACACUGGGGAGAAGCCUUAUGAAUGUAAGGUCUGUGGGAAAGGCUUCAUGUGGAACUCAGAUCUUGCUCAGCACCACAGGGUCCACACUGGGGAGAAACCUCAUGAGUGUACUGAGUGUGGGAAAAGCUUCAUUUGCAAGGCACACCUUAUCCGGCAUCAGAGAAUUCAUACUGGGGAAAGACCCUAUAAAUGUAAUGAUUGUGGGAAGGCCUUCAGUCAGAAUUCUGUCUUAAUUAAGCACAAGAGGCGCCAUGCUAGAGAGAUACCCUAUGAUUGUCCCAUUUCUCAUCUUGAACAUUAG